CAUUUGUCAAAGUCAACAAAAAAUUGCUAACCUUCCUUUUUUUCUCUUUGAGUGAAAAAAUUAAGGAAUAAAUGGGAUUAUAUCUCACCACAUAAAUAUUAGCUAUUUUAUGAUCAUUCGCAGGAAGCGAGUAAAUAAUUUGUAUGGUAAAUGCCUGCGUACUAAAACUUAAACUAUAAUUUUUUUUCGCUAGGUAGUGCGCGCCGGUGAAAUUGUGAUCAUGGCGAAUCCGUCAUCAGGCGUUGUUGUUCCUCGUAACUUUCGUCUUCUGGAAGAACUUGAACAAGGCCAAAAGGGAGUGGGCGAUGGUACCAUAUCUUGGGGCCUCGAGAGUGAUGAUGACAUGACCCUCACUCAUUGGACUGGCAUGAUAAUCGGACCCCCUAGGACUCCUUAUGAAAAUAGGAUGUAUUCACUUAAAAUUGAAUGCGGCACUAGAUACCCUGAUGAACCUCCAACUGCUCGCUUCAUUUCUAGAAUCAACAUGAACUGUGUAAACAGUCAAACUGGACUUGUGGACAACAGACAAGUUCCUAUUCUUGCUAGAUGGCAGCGUGAUUACACUAUCAAGACAGUUUUGCAGGAGUUGAGACGUCUCAUGACACUGAAGGAAAACAUGAAGCUGUCACAGCCUCCAGAAGGAAGCACUUUCUAGGUUCUCUUCUGAAGUCUUUUCUCAAUAGACCCAAUCUACCUAUUUCACACUUUAAUUCCACACCACAUAAUAUGUAAUUCACUUACUUGAUUUCUCAAUAUUAGGAGAUGACUAUCACAAAAAAUAUUUUUGAUUUCAUUUAAGUAUUGCUAUGCUAGUGUGUAUCUUAGAUUUGUAUAAUUGCAUUUAUUGUGCUCUGAGUCAGUUUUUUGUGCUAAGUGCAGGAUUACUUGAUUAAAUAAUUAUUGUAGAUUGGGUGAAUAAGUAAGCAUUCAUAUUACAUAGCUCUUUAUUACCCAUUUAGAGGGUAACACCCAUUUAUUUAUCAUACUACCUAAAUUAUUGUGGCCUUUAAAAAAAGUUAAACUUGCUUUUUGUAUUAUUAAGGCUAGUUUUACUGAUAUUGGUUUUAGGUAAGUGGUUUUAUUACGCCCAUUCUAUAAUACAACUGAUCUUUUAGUUCUGACCACUUGAAUUAAAAAUCUUUUCUGCAUUUUAGUUGUUUAUAAUUUUGGGUGUAAUGUAUUUUUUUAAACAUGUAUCUCAUGUCUGAAAUGUAAAGGUUACAGUUUUUAUUUGUAUGUAAUUAGUGAUUACUGAUUUCAUGUGACAGAAAAUUGCUUAAUUUUUUAAUAGUUAAACAUGAUCAAGUGUAAAAUAUUGUAGGAAAUUUUUAUUUCUUAGGAACAUAAGAUAAAGUACUACUGGUUCUUUUCGAAGCUAUGCAUCAGGUUGAAUGUUUUUCAAACAAAUAACGAAUGCAUGUAAUGCAGUGUCCAAGUGGCUACAUUCUAUCAUGUAGCUUCUCAAUUUGGGAAUUACAUAGUUCACUAGUUCCCAUGCAUCUGUUAUGCAUGAAUUUAUUGUUACAAACCAAAUGCUAAGUCAAAUUGUUUCAUAGCAUUAAAUAUUUUUACCAAUGUAUAACUAGCAAAAAUAAAUAAAUCAAAUAACACUGUCAUAAAUAGUUCUUCUUUUUAUAAAUUUAUUUUGCCUGUGGAUGAGUUAUGUUUAUUUCGAUUAUAAUGUUGAUUAAUUAACACGUCAUGGUUAACUUGUGUCUGCAACAUUGAACAUUGAUAAGGUUUUUUUU